AUACAACACAUCAGAUGAAGGCAGAAGGAGACUGAUACCAGCUGUGGUGAACUGCAGAAAAGCUGUAUUUGCCUUCUGUAAUCUCACUGGUCAAUGCUGUGAAAUUUUGUCUUCAUCUCUACAAUCAUCAAACUCCUCACUGAAAGAGCUUGACCUGAGUAACAAUAACCUUCAAGAUUCAGGAGUGGAGCUCCUCCUGAACAAUUCACACUGUCAACUCCACGUACUGAGAGUUGCUUACUGUAAUCUUACUGAUCAGUGCUGUGAAAGUGUGUCUUCUUCACUACAAUCAACAAACUCCUUACUAAGAGAGCUGGACAUGAGUAACAACGACCUGCAGAAUUCAGGAGUAAAGCUGCUCUCUGAUGGACUGAAGAGUUCACAUUGUCAACUCAAUAUACUGAAGUUAUCUGGUUGCAUGGUGACAGAGGAAGGCUGUUGUUAUCUGGCUUCAGCUCUGAGUUCAAACCCCUCACACCUGAGAGAGCUGGAUCUGAGCUACAAUCAUCCAGGAAAAUCAUUAGUCAAGCUGCUCUCUGAUCCAAACUACAGUCUAUACAAACUCAACGUGGACUGUGGAGGAACGUUCAGGAUUACAGCAGGACUACAAAAAUAUGCAUGUGAUCUCACGCUGGAUUUAAACACCACAAACACUCAUCUUACUCUGACUGAGAGGAACAGAAGGGUGACGUAUGUGAGAGAGAAGCAGGCAUACCCUGCUCAUCCAGAGAGAUUCGAUGAGUGCGCUCAGGUUCUGUGUAGAGAGUCUGUCCGGACGCUGUUACUGGGAGACUGA